ACAAGCCUGAUUCCAUGUGACUCCAACCAUUUGGCAAAAAACCUGUCAAUCCCUCUCGUCAACCAAUGGCAACAGCCCUACAACAACCAUGACGAUGGCAAGCUCUUUCGCAGGUGUGACCACAUACUCCUAGCAAAAUGCUUGUCUUUGUACUGCAUCUAUGUAGCAACAGUUUUGGUUGAAUUAGUUCCUAAAUUCAUAAGAGGUUAUUUUGUCCAUCAGUCAAUUAUGUUUAAAAAUAUAUAUAUAUUUGGCUGCUUCUUGGCCUUGAAACAUUACAGAACAUUCAGAUUGAAAUGAACGAUAUGAGGUAGAUAUGAUUGUCUGUCAUGUAGAAUCGGGGAUCAUGUCAGCGCAGAGAGACAGCGCGAGAAAAAGAGCAAGAGUAUAUUUACUAUGCCCCCAUAUGCCUGUAGGAGGAGCUUCCCCAGCACAGAGCUGCUGUCAGUUGAGGUCAGCCUAGACUCCGACUCCCAGAAUACCGCGGGGCAGCAGAAUGGAGAGGCCUGGUGCACAGCAGGUGCUGUAGUCACACACUCAUACACACUACCCGUAUUGUUCACAAAUAAGGACACAUGACAAUACACCACACACAGACGGCCACGCAUCUAUGGUACCAUGGACACAUGCAUGCAUGCGAUUGCCACACAUGCAAGCGUGCAGAAAUCAUGCACAUGUGCACACACACACACGUGCUCUCAUAAAAUUAAUCACGCACACGCCUACAGCUAACACACAUUUCAUGUUGGUUUUGACAACAUAUGUCCUUCCCCUAGAUAAAGACUACACCCCUUCCAUGAUGGUCCUGUGUGGUUCUCUAAACUCGCUGCCCAGCUGCAAGUCCCUGGCAAGCCUUAAGUCCAGUGAGUGCCUGGUACACAUCAGCACAGACAACAGCCCUGCCCUCUCUCCCAGC